AUGGCUGACUUCAGAAAGUGGUUAAGAAUUGUAUUGACUGAGGAAUUUCGAGUCAAGAGUCUUUUCCUGUGGUUUUCAAGUCCAGAGCUAUUUGCCGAAUCACCGGUAAGUUUGUACAGUAGGUUGAAAACAGACAAACAAUUGCAUGCAACUUAAAAGCGAAAUCGAUUUUAAUUACAUCAGGGAGGUUUCAGGAUUGUUCAGUGUGGACACCACAAUUAUUUAAAAAGUUUUGAUAGGCUCUCUAUUUACCUUUUAUAGUUUGCUUUUAAAAACGAAUUGUCAGAUUUUUAGUUCAAUUAUUGCACUAUCCAUAGUGAGUACAGUAAAGAGAGAGAUUCCAGACUGUGAGUAGGUCCCUUGGGUUGUAGCUUUGAGGGAAUCAUUGACUGCAAAUGUUUUAGACACGCAUUCUUUCUCAGGUGUUCGGUAAUUCAAUCAGCGAAGUAGUUUCAGCGGUCGAGGAAUUCUUGUUUCAAUCGACAAUUUGGUGACAUUCCCUGAUCCUCACCUUCUAGUUUACUAGGCUAGUAUAGAAUGUUCUAAAACUGGAAAUUUACAUAAAAUCCUUCCAAUAACCUUAAGCUGCGCAGUUCGAAAUCUUUUGGUCGAGAGUAUUUUUCAGGCCCGCUGUUUUAUUAAAUUCGUAUGCUGAUGCAGUCUAACCGAAUCUCGAAGAGAUCAAGACAGCCUUCGACAUUUCUACGGAUUUAUUUGUGCAUGUGAUUUCUUUCAUUGUUCUCGAUAAUGUUCAAGACAAAGAGAGCCGAAAAUUCUCCAGGAACGGAAAAUACUCUUUUUUCCACUCUUCAAUUCUUUCUUUUUUUUAACAAAAUUCGAACACACGUCAUAGGCAACCGAAUAACUAAUCUUAUCACUGGAAAGCCAUAAAGAUGCAGACGAUAGCGCAGGAAGGAAAUGGAUGUUUUUUAUCACGUUUGAAUGAUUUCUAUGCGCUUUGGCGUGCCUCGCUCUUGUGUGUCAGAUUCCCCGCUCGCGUUUGAACCAAUCAGAGAUCCUUACAGUUUGACGUAAAAUGAAAGGAAACGAGAUGUCUCUGGCGGAGCUGCGACCCGACAGCUUUUCGGAUUCGAUCGGCUCUCACGAUGAGAUCCGACAAUUGUUGUCGAGAAUGUAAACCUGCGGUAGAUAGAGGACAAUAUUCCUUUAGCUUUAUACAGAAAGUUUCAAUUUACAAUAACAAUUCAUUUUCUUGAAUCUUUUCCAGUGGUUUCCACCAUCGUUGUUUAUCAUAUAUCGUCUGGUUAUUACCGCGUGGUCUUUGAUUAUCACUGUGGAAAGCACGUUUGCCACGCCUAGCUAUUUAUGGUUGUUGCAGUUGGAUAACUGGAGUAUCUCGUUAAGUUGCCUAUAUUUCGUUCUCGCCACAUUCCUCCUGAUCUACUACGCUGUUAAAACAUGCAAAGGUGAAGAGAACAAAGAAAUCCCUAAGAAAACAGAAAAAAGCUACUUUGCUGAAGAUGAACACGAGAAUGAAUCCGAGCUGUUAUGGACCGCAAACGAGGAAGACGAGUCGCACAGAGAACUCCCGCGUCGCGAAGAAAGAUUACCGUGUUACCAUGCAGUACUCUGGGUCUUACAAACUCUGGUGGGAAACAGCAUAUUAGUUGUCAUCCUUUGUUAUGUCACACUGGAAGAACAAUUUAACGUAUUAGAAUUUGCUAAGUUCCUGUCCAUCACUAUUUUUAUGGUUGCUGAGGCAAUUUUCAGUUUUGCACCAAUCAGAUUGCUUCAUUUCAUUUAUUCGUAUGUGUUUUCAUUAACAUACGUCCUAGUCAUUCUUAUGUACUACUUUGUACUUGUCGAUGAGCGUGUCCCCGAGCUUCCUCGCUUUGUGAACAGAAUAGAUGACCCUCUUUCUUCAACAAUGGUUUUCAUGAUACUGAUCGUUGGACAGCCGUUGUUUCAGUUGUUAUACUUUACAGUCCAUAAGCUGAACUGUUAUGUGUACGUCAAGUAUUUUAGUUACUAA